GGGCCCACCCUUCUUCUCUCCCGUAGACGCUGGCCAUGGGGCUGAUGACAGGGACGAUCGCCAGCAUGUACAGGACCAAUGCUGUUCUGAUCGCCAUGCUCAUCACCGCCAUCGUGGCCAUCAUUGUCACCAUCUUCUGCUUCCAGACCAAGGUUGAUUUUACAUCGUGUCCAGGGCUCUUCUGCGUGCUAGGCAUUGUGGUCAUGGUGACCGGGAUCGUCACCGCCAUUGUCCUCUCCUUCAAAUAUGUGAGUGGGGGGGACAAGAGGGGCUGUGGGGUGCCACAGGUGUCCCCAGGGCUGGUAGGGGCCAGGGGGGGUUUGGGUGGGAGCAGGGUGUGGUGCCAGCCAUGGCAGAAGCAGCUUGCCUGCAGGGAAGAGGCCUACGACACCCAACUCGUGCUUGGGAACAGAAAGAACACACUGAGCCCCGAGGAGUAUGUCUAUGGCGCCCUCACCAUCUAUACUGACAUUGUCUACAUCUUCACCUUCAUCCUGCAGAUUGUGGGCCGGGAUUAGCCCCGGGACCCCUCCUGUCCACCCCCCUCCUGCCCCCUCUUCUGCCCCUCACCUCCUCCUCUAGCCUCCGUACAGGAUAUGGCCACUUACCGUGACUCCUAACGCUUCAGCGUCCCUACCCGUAGGCUGCUAAGGAAAGGGCUUCCCUUGAUCACCCCUCCCACAAGCCUUCAAGGGUGGGGGGGGGAACCGGCCGCCGGUGUUUGGGUAGUGCCCAGCCUCAGCAUCUCUUGCCGAGGCUGUGCUGGUGUUGCCGAGCUGGCAGUGGAGCGCCACAGUACUGCCUGGGUGUGGGGAUCGUGUUGGGAUUACUUUGGCAGAGCCUGGUCGGUGUCAUUCACUCGGUGCCUUAAACGCGGCUCUGGCCGUGCCCCCCUUCCCGAGCUGUGGCAGUGCCUGGUGCAGGCGGGGGGCAGCUGGGACCCCUGUGGCAGGACUCGUGGCAGAGCUCACGUCGCAGAGGCCCCGCAGCCAUGGACGUGGGUAAAGUUGCACUUGCUAAAUAAAACACUUUAAUUUUC